AUGGAUGUGGAGGAUGUGGAAGAGAGGGGGAUGCAAAAGAAGGACGAAGAAGAGGAGAAAAAGGGAGCAGUAAAUACUCUUCACAUGACUCUCAGCACUCAUUCUUGGUCUCUCAAGUAUCUCUUAGUGCUGUAAUUGGAGUCACUGAAACUAAAUCCAAGGUAAUGAGAUUAAAUGAGCACAUAAAUGAUUAUCUAAAUGCCUACUUUGUUUACUAAUGAUUUAAAAAUGUCUUGAUUUAAAAGUUUGAAAGUUUCAGGAGCUGUAAAUGUGUCGAAUCUAUCUGUUGUCUUUCCUGUGCAGCUGCCCCGCGCUUUACAUCCAUGCAGCUUUUAAAAUUCACGGCCCAGACCUUAGUAAAUUUCAAUUUGUCUAUUGUUGACAGUGAUCUUGUAAACAUCAUUGCUGGUAUUUUGUUAUUUUCCUUUUGCCCGUGGCUAGUCACAUUCAUUUUAACUUUCAUUUCGACCGAGACAGAGAACCAAAAAAAAAAAAGAGGAAACUUCAAAGAUGUGAAACUUAGCAGAGUCGAAGCCCAGCGCCCAACAAAACAGAAAUAUAAAACCAACAUCUGUUAUACAGGCCCGACACGAACAACGGCUGACGUUUUUUUAUCACUGCUGUAGGCUUUACCAAUCCAUCUGUUGCUAUAUCCAACUCCACCUAGUGAAGUGAUACUAUAAAAGGAUUCCAGUGGGAGGGCAGUUCUCACAUAGGAGCAUCUGCAGAGGCAAUACAGCAAGUUACCUUUUCACUAUAUCCUCUUUAUCUCCCACUCACUGAUGCACACAGCUCCAACUUUACAGCUAGAUUCAGUCUGUGUUGAUUAGUUUGUAUUUUAAACCUCAAGUUUGCCUGUCCAGCACGAUCACUGUGCAUUAGUUUGUGUUUUUUUUACCUGCGUUUGUUUGCGCAUCUGCGAAUCAAUCCAUCAGGGAAAUGGAGGAGUGUUUCUUCCUCUCCAGCACGUCAUUCCCCAGCCUCAUUAGAACCCAUUCACUCAAUCAAGCAUGAAUCCCUAACACAAUAACAUGCAAAGUGCUUUGUCUGGGUGUAAUUGGCCUUGCCAGAACUGUUUUUCUCAAACGGUUUGCUUCACUCGCCCCUUCUCUCUCUCAGACCGCAGCCAGUAGCCCUGUCCAAGAAACGCAGCUGGCAAGAGGAGGAGGAGGAGGAGGAUGGCGAGGUGAAGUCAGGAGGAGAAAAAGGGAUGGAGAUAAAGGAGGUAGUGAUUGAAAAGAGCAAGAUGGAAGGGUGGUGUAUGGGUUGUUGGCCUCUCUGAGUGUGAUUCAGGAAUACGUAGUGUUUGUAAAGCCUUUUAGGGAAUUCUUUCUGAAGCUCUGCUCACAUUUAGCUUCUGUUUUUCAAUCUACACACAUGUCUCUGUGUAAAUGUGUGUGUGCGGUCAUCCGGCGCUCCUGUCUGUCACAAUCACACAUGUUCCCCAUUACCGUGACAAACCAGUUGACAUCCCAUUUCCCUACGCACACACCAAGUCCCAUAUAGGCACACACAUGGAGAUGCAUUGUAAGAGAUGGAUAACACAUGGGUGCAGAAACGUGCCCCCCCUCCCUCUCUGCAGGAGACUCUGUUUGUUCGGUAUGAUGGGUGACACGGCUGACUGACACUUCCCUGCAUACCAACCCGGCAGCCAAUCUACUAAAAUUGUGCGGUGACAUUGUUGAUUAAGCAGACACUCAGGGUGGGUUGUUGUGGUGUAAUGGGUUCAUCGGUGCAGGAAAAUACACUCACAAUAAGUGUGUGUGUGCAUACGUGCGUGUUCAUGUGUGCGAGAUGUGUGCAUUCCAAAGCAUGUGAUGGUAGCAAUCAAAGGAAAGCAUCUGACUUUGAACAAGAGCUCUGCAUGACUCAAGCCAGGCCGCAGCGCCUCAGACUGCUGAGAUAAUCAUCAGCAGUCAAGUACUGCCAUCUAGUGACCUUAAAAAAGAGCUUCUUCUCACACAAAAACAGCAAAUUAUGUCUGAAUGUUCAGACAAAUUCAGUGAAACAAUGAACUUUUGGCAACUCGUGAUAAACUUUGAUCAUAAAUGACAUUUAGAAAGACCACAGGAGUUUGCUGUGGGUGUCUUAUUCGCCUCGUGAAAUCUAAAUUUCUCUAGUUAUCCUCUUUUCCUCCUUUGAUUCCACUUCUUUCCUCUGAUCAAUAGCGUUGUUUGUUCCAGCAAACCCUCCCAGUGUUUUCACUUGUCCCUCUCCACAGGGCGGGAAUUGGACGUCCCAUCCUGUGCAGUGGUUAUGCUGUGAAUCAAAAAAGCCAAAUUAAAUUGCCUAAUUGGUUUCCUUGGGAAGGGUAAAACAGAUUUAAAUUGAUUACCGGUAAUGGCCUUUUGUGGAACCACAUUGGCUUCUGCUGUUUGAGGAGGAUUUAGCAAAACCAAUUAAUUUGCUUCACCUCUUAACGCGGCCUCCUUCUGUUUCCCUUUGUCUCUGUCUGGGAGCUUUUUCAUCUCAGCCUUUCUCCACUGUCUCAUGUCCUCCGCACGAAAAUACAAGAAUGAUGAGGAUGAUAACAUCACUGGUUAACAAUCAUUCAGGUCUAAUUAGCUCAUUUCUGUCACGUUGCGCUGUGCUGAAAAAUGACUGAGAUGUUUUUUCCGCGUCUACUGUUAUGAGAUUCACCAGGCAAAAGAAAUUAUAAAUCUCAGCGCCUCAGCGAAAAACUGAGAUGUCAUGGUCACAUUUUGUCACACAAACUGAUUAAAUCAGAGUCUUUGUCUUUCUCCACUUCUCAUCAAAUAUUAUCAGAAGUAGACCUAAUGUGGCAUUUAGAAAGGGAAAAACUGAAAGCUCUUAAUGUGAUUUCAAUAAUUACAUUUAGUUAAGUGCUGUGUAUGAUUAAAAAAGAUGUCAUGUACCUCACUGAAGAGUCAGCCAGCAGCUUUGUCUUUGCAGGUAUAAAAUAUGAAGCCUAUGGUAUCACCUGUUCCUAUGAUUUGUCUCCAGGAAAAGACAAAAAGGGGUACUGAACUUUCUCCUGCUUCACUGCAUGCUUUAAAAUUCACUUUUGUUAGGCUGAAUAGCCCAUGACAAAUCGACAAAAUAAUUGUGAGUUUAUUUAUAGCCCCACUUCAUGGUUUAUCAAUGAAUGAAGCAACCCUCCACUGCCUGAGGUUCAAUAGAGAUGCAAGAAUAAUGUCUUAAGUACUGCUGUUUUAGUUGGAUUACACAUAAAACCCUUAAGCGGUAGAAACUACUGAAGAAAGAGGAGAAUUACAUUAUGGUUUUACUCUACACACUCACGGCUCGGCAGAAUUUCUUAAACUAGAGUUGGUUCGCAUUCGAAACAAUGUGACCAAACCUACUUGACCUUGACGGAUGAGAUUAAUCUGAAUCCUCAAAUCGUCAAAAGGAUGUUAGCACUUGAACGAAAGUAUUAUCUGAAGUAUAGUACAAUUAUUUAGCCUUGUUUUAGCUCAGGAAGGCAUAUGUGAGAGGUUAAGCAGAGAGGUGAAGAUGCGGGUUUAGAUUCGAUUGACUGAUUCCUUUUGCUUCACAUAUAUUCACAUAUAAAAAAAAUGGAUUAUUGUUACUGCGGAGAAAAGUUCACAUCUCUCCUGUAGUAGCAUCUUUACUCUGGCAUCCCAUAAAAUUUAGACUGGAUUUGAUACCUUUCUUCAGAGAUACAGACCUCUCAACGGUCUGGCACCAUCAUGUCUCAAUCAUUUCUUCAUUACAGAAUCAGUGUGGGCUGGGGGCUCAGAUUAGAGUUUGUUUGGGGGUGGGAGGGUGGGGUCAAAACACAACAAAAUAUUCAUAUCCAAAUAUAAGACGUGAAAAAACAAAUGGUCUUCACUGCGUAAAAGGUUAACUGUUUCAUUGGAAAAAUUAGAUUAAGAUUAAGACCUGGUAGACAUUGAGUUUUUAAGAAACAAGUGCAAACUAUGACUCCACAAAAAAACACUGCAAAAAUACCUUUCAGUUAAAUCAGUGGCAGCUGGUGAGGUUUUCUCUGGGAGGAGCUAUAACUAAAUCCAAAACAGACAUAUUCUUUAUAAGGUGCUACGACAAAUAUUAUAUGAACAAAUAGCACUCUCAUAUGUUUUUGAAGUUGAUCAAAAUUUUCCACUUGGACCCUUACCUGUUUUUUUUUUUUUGUUUGUUUGUUUUUUAGCUUUUUCUCUGAGUAUCUUAAGUUUUUAAAAAGUAUCAUCUUUCCCUUUGUUUGAUUCUGCAAAGACCUCCUCUCCUUUUUCGAGACUUAACUCUCUGUGACCCCAGCCUCCUUUCCAAUCCGAACGAAUCACUGAGUAACUGCAUCAGAAAAGCUACUUGAAUUUUAAAUUACGCUUUACUUAUCGCUUCAGUAGCCUACAAACUUCGUCUGUAAUGCACCUUGUCCCUGGUCUGGUCUUUUGUCAAUUUGUUGAGUGAAAACAGCAAAUUCAUAGUUGAAACAGAGAGUUUGUCUUUCACAACAUAUAAAGCACUCGUGCAAAAUACCGCUUUAGUGUACUACUGGAGUCUUGUGGGGUGCUCACACCAAGCGCGAGUAAAAUCAUCUACUCGCUUAAUUCGCACAAAUGUAUGUUAUUUCAGUGGUAAUCCCUGCCAAUUCAACCAGCGGGUUCAAGUGAUAGACAAAGGUUUUUAACAAUUUACACGGUAAUCCGACCUCCUCACUCACUUGCCUCCAGACGAGCUCCUUUUUAUUCCCGUUUCGGUAAUUGAAAGAAAAGGUAUCAUAAAAUUUGGGGCACCCACACAUCGACUCGGUCAGUUUUUCCUCCAUUUUAGAUACCAGUGAACAACUAUCAAUUUUCAUACGUCACCCGGCAACCUUCGUGCUGAUUAGUUAUCGGGACGCAAGUAUCUGCUCAAGUUGAGAAUCGCCCAAUUUGCGUCAUUCGCGCCACCAGAGUCGUAGAAGCGUCUAAUGUAAUUGCGUUGACUUAACAUGUAAUCAUUCGGGCGAAUGAUUUUACUGGCGCUUGGAGUGCGGAGACAGUUACACAGAUUCACUACGCAAUACACACCUUUAUACAGUAACUACUGCAUGUACACACUUCACAUAUACACGUACAUGAGCACACAUCACCAAGACAGACAUUGACACUCAGGGUUACAAACCCAACAAUAAUCGUGCUUGCUACGCAUACACAUGAACCCAAAGUACACAUGCUUAUAAGUUUUCUGCGUUUCCCUUCGAGCACAUCAGGGGUAUCGAUGGACCCUGAGCCAAAGAGCUCAUGUUUAAAAUGUGAAUGUCAUUCAAUUCUCGGGCUUAUUUUGAGAGCAGCCACUUUUAUGAUCAAUGUUGAUGACUUAUUCUUGUACUCCCAUAUCACAUGAUAAGCCAUAAAUCAUCUUAGGAUUCAUCCAAGGCUUUUCUAAGAGGAGGAUAAAAAACACAUUUCCUCUAUCUGUCCUUAUCUAUAGUGUCAUAAUUGCAGUUUAUAUGGAAACCCAUCCCUAAAGCUCGGGCAAGAUCAAUAGUCACAAAGGGAGGAUGUGACAGAAGGAGAGGAUGAUCUUCGGAGGAAGAGACACUCUGAAAAAAGUAUACUGUGCCUCAAACGUAAUAGAGAUCAAAAUACAUACUGCUGAUGCCUCUUUCUGAAAUCCAUAAUGGCUUUUUUACCACACCAGGCAAGUGAUUCAACCACUAUAGUGUCUCUUCUGCUCUGUUAUUAUGUUUCACUGUAGGUUCACAUUUCCCACCUAGAUCUGCUCUCACUUUUACAUCUUUCUUUUCUAAAGCCCCGUACCAACCUGCAUAUGAGGAGUGAAUCUAAAAUAACCUUCCACAAACCACUGAAUGCUAAAGAGAAUAAAGCUGUAUUAUGAGACAAGAGAGCAUAAAAUACAACGAUGGAAAAAAUGAACAAAGAGUGAUUAUUUCUCCAAUAAAUGCUUUACCCCCCUAUAUUGUAAAGAUGCUCACAACUGCUUUCAUCUGUAAUCUGAGGUUUGUCAUCCAAAGGCCACAGCUGCAGUCACUAUCAGUCUGAAUCUUCACUUAAAACUGAGACUCUCUGAACAACAAACACUGUUUUGUUUUAGUGAAUGAUUUGUGUAAGUACAAAACUAAUACGAGCAAUAAAUCCAGAUACCACAAAAAGCCCCAAGACAUGAGGAUUAAAUCUGCUUUCAGAAAUAUGUUAUCUAUAAAAGUCCAGUUUGUCUUCAAGCAAAGUCUGCAGCUCACUCCGAGUGAAUGCAUCGUAAAACUAUGACUAAGGCAAGUAUAUUCAUAAUGUUAAAAGCCCCUCUUUUGUGAACAGUGUUAUUAAAUACACAAGCCUUAGCUGAGGGCAAGCAAUUUGGAAAUCUACUGAAAAUACUUUAUGGCUGAUGCCAGCUUAUUUGCCAUCAUUCAUUUUUAAGAGUAACACAAAAUAGAAAUCAGGCAAGAGUGUGCAUCAAGAGUUUCAUUUCCUGUCACUGUUUCUGUCGACCUUUGACUCAGUCUGUAAAGAAAAGUGAUGAAUUAACAGCAACAGGUGCAAAACAGAUACUGAGAAUGUGCAAAAGCCCACAGCUGCUGCAUUCAGUGUAGACUGUCUGAUAUGUAGAUAGAGUUGCACGUGAUUUUUACAAGUCUUUCACUAAAUACAACAAAUUUUUAAGACAACUUAUUGAAUACAGCUUAAAACAAAUGGUUAUAUUUCUAUGUACAUUUUAAAUUCCUGCAUGUCCCAGUAUAAUUCUAGAGAUUGUGAAACCGGGAACAAGUUCAGCUUGAACAUCUACUCUUCCAUUGCUUUGGUUAGCAGAGUAGCCACGGAGGCCCUUAGUAGACAGUCAUUUUUGGUUGCUUUCUUGAGAUGUUAUCCGAGUUUUCUUUUUGUCUCAGAAUAACAAAGCCGGUUUUCCAAUCAUACCACAUUAAUUUAUCUUUUUACAUCAAGAUAGAAACACUUUUUCUGGAGACAACAGGAAGAUAAAGCACUUUAGAUUAACUUGUCAUCACAGACAAACUGUUAGUAUAAUGAAUGGCUUAUAUUUACUAAUCAGAACUAAAUUUGCUCGUUGGUCAUCCUGGUGUACAGCACAUGUGUCUCCCAAUACAUCCCUGUUUGCCCUCUUUAUGUGACAGCAGGGUUGGUUGUUAAAACGAUAACAAUGUAUAUCAAAAAUUAAUUUCCCUCAAUAUCAAUAUAAAACAUGGUCAAUAUGCUUUUCAAUUGUCAGCUUUCCACCAUGUUUUGGUAGACUAUACAAAUAGCCAGUAAAAAGGGGAGUUGCUCCGGGUCCGCUUCGUGCUGAACCAAUCAUGUGCUGAAUUAGCUACACACAACUAUAGCACUUUAACACGUAGAGCCGACAGCACUGUUGGUGAGAAAAAAAGUAAAUGAGUGCUACCCCUGGCAGAAAUACAAAUGAAGACUCAACAGAUGACGAAAUCGUCGACAACGCUGGCACGAAAACGUUGGUAGUGUGGAGGUAUUUUGUUUUUUUUAAGGGUCGGACAGAAAGCAGAGUAAUGUGCAUUGCAAAUUAUGUCGAGUACAUGUUCUUGCAAGGUCGGGGAAUACCUCAACUCUUUUUUAACCAGCUGGAGCAGUGCCUCACGGCAGAGCACACGCAAUGCAAAAGGUUACAAACCCUGAGUCGACCAAGGAGCCCAUGGCCCAUGAAACAGCUGACCAUUCAGUCUGAAUUCUCUAGCGCAACGCCUCACGACAAAACGCUGAAGAGACACAAAGACCUCACAGAUGCAAAAGCUUGUUGUAUUGCAAAAGACAUGUUACCAAUAAACACUGUUACAUUUCAAUUUUUAUAUCAUGAUAUAUAACGUUAUCAACUGAUAUGAAAAAAUAUAUAUCAUGAUAAACUGUUUCCCAUAUUGCCCAGCCCUAAAUGACAGUAAUUUAAACCAUUAAAUCUGAUGAUAAUCCCUCUUCCAUUACAGUUCUAAAACUCACACAAUAUACUUCUAAAUUUAUAGUAAAUGCAAUAAACUGUGUUCAAGAGUCACAUAUAAAAUUCAACACAGCUUUGCCUCAUAAAUACACUUUAGUGGUGUGAAAGUAAUGUGAAAGUUGCAGUAUUUUGGAGAUAUUUGGUCAAACACUAGUAUAUUAGCAGUACUCGAGCUGAGGGGGGAUCAGGGGGAUCAUCCCAACUUUCCAUCCCUUGAGCCAUUUUUGUCAAUGAAUGUGAAAAUAUUUGUAUUAUUUUCACAUAUUACCGCAAUUUCAACGUUUAGCGUGUGACGAAGCGGCGUCCUCGCUGACUGCGGGAAGCGCAUGGAGCCGCACACAAACAUACAUUACGCGCCAAACAUUUCGUGGCUAAUCCCCACUAAACAGCGCUACUUUACCUUCUCACUUCUCUGUUGGACAGGAUAACCAAGGGGGCUCACUUGGAGUUCUAUCUGUUGACUUAGACAUACAUUCACAUAGACAUUCAUCUCUCUACUUACCUGCCGGGUGUCCAUCCACGCCAUCAUGUCGACUCGUUUCCAAAUAAGGAAACAGAACGCGCUAUUUCCGUGUGUAAAAUAGGUGGGUACGGCAAGAGUACGGUGGCCUGGAAGUGCAAAACACAACCGCAAAAGAGAAAACACGACAGCAAAUCAAAACACAAACGCAAAAGAGAAAACGCAAACACAAAAAAAGAAAACACGACAGCAAAUCACAAAUGCAAACACAAAAAAGAAAACACGACAGCAAAUCAAAACACAAACACAAAAGAGAAAACGUAAACACAAAAAAAGAAAACACGACAGCAAAUCACAAAUGCAAACACAAAAAAGAAAACGCAAACACAAAAAAGAAAACACGACAGCAAAUCAAAACACAAACACAAAAGAGAAAACGUAAACACAAAAAAAGAAAACACGACAGCAAAUCACAAAUGCAAACACAAAAAAGAAAACGCAAACACAAAAAAGAAAACGCAACCGCAAAUCCCAAAACAGGAAAGCAUCAUUAGUCUUCUUCUUCGUUGUAGUUUAAUUUUGGCCCAUUUGUUUAUGUGAAUAUGGAAUUUCCCCAAGCUCAAGAUCAACUGACAAAAAAAGCACAGAUCUUUGUCCUGGUCAUCAUAAUAAAUAAAAAUAUGUUUUUCCUGGAAACUGAUCGUUCUUCCUGUUUUCUCGUGCACAAAUUGUUGGACAUCAAUCCAAAAGGUUUUACUGUAGGUACAAUGAUAGAAUAAAUGAGAGAUGGUUUCAUCUUCAAGUCCACAGAAAUCACAUAAAUAUUCAAUGUCCAGUUUGAAUCUUUCAAGAGUUUUCUUUGCAGGGUAAAUCUGAUGUAAUAUUUUAAAAGAGACUUCUUUGACCUUGUUAUUGAGACAGAAUUUUUCACCAACCAGCCAUGCAUUGCUCCAGUUAAUUUCUCCCAAUUGUACAGACCAGUUAGUUUGACCUCUAGGCAGUGUCUUUGGUUGUAGGCAGCUUCUUAACAGUCUAUUCGAGCAGGGUCUUUUUGUAAUGUCUAUUCCGCCCACAAAUAUAUCACAGGUGUAAUUUCCUGGAGUAGCAGCCGUUCUUUCAGACCCUUUAAGAAGUUGUAGCACCCCCUGAGGUAAUGCAUCAAAAACCACUGCAUAUUGUUUUGGGGUGACUGGGAGUUGAAAUUUCAACAUAAAUUCUUCAUAAGAAAGUAAAAAGCCAUGGUUGUUAAGAAGUUGGUCGACUAGUAAAAUGUUGCGCUCCAUCCAGUCCUUGUAAAACAGUGAUCGGUUUUUGUAAACGAUGUCUUCAUUGUUCCAAAUAUAAUAGCUGGUUGGUGAGAAAUUAUGUUUGUAGAUCAGUUUCCAGGACAGCAAGGCUUGUUUGUGAAAGUUAGAGAGUUUAACAGGAAGCUUCUCAAUUUUGUAAUUACAUUUCAACAUAAAGCGUAUACCACCAAGUGAGUUGAAUACAUGUGUAGCAAAGGAAUUCCAGAGGUUGUUCUUCUCUCUACAUAACUUACUCAGCCAGUUGAUCUUGAAAGAGUGAUUCAAUAUUUCGAAGGUUAGCACAUCCAAACCACCAUCCCUCUUGGUAUUACAUAGAAUAUCUUUUUUUAAAUAAUGGCGUCUGUUCUUCCAGAUAAACCUGAAUAAGAUUUGAUCUAAUUUCUUGGAGACUACAGCAGGCAUUUCUAGUGCUAGUGAUAGAUAUACAGAUCUUGAUAUUCCUUCAGCUUUGGAUAACAGAAUCCGUCCAUGUAAAGAUAGAUCCCUCACUAGCCACAUAUUGAAUUUUCUUUGUAUCUGUUGAGUUAUUGGUUCAAAGUUUAACUCAGAGCGCCUCUUCUCAUUUUUGUCAAGUACAACACCCAAAUAUGUCACAGUUUGUUUAAUGGGAAUACCAUUUAAUUCUGCCAGAUCACAGUGUUUGAGGGGAAAAAGCAUAGAUUUAUUAAGGUUCAUUGUCAGCCCAGAAACCUCCUAAAACUCUCUGAUACACUGCACAGCUUUGACAAGUUCAUUUUGGUUGGACAAAAAAAUAGCUGUAUCAUCCGCUAACUGAGCUAGUUUGAAUUCUCUACCUACGGCUGUCAUACCCUGAAAGUUGCUUUUUUUAAUAUGUGUUGCCAUAACCUGUGUAACCAGCAAAAACAAAAAGGGGCUUAGGGGACAACCUUGUCUGAUUCCACGACCAAUAUUAAAUCUGGGUGUUGUGCCAUUUGUUAUCUUAAUUGAACUGUUAAUUCCUUUAUAAAGUGUUUGAACUGGGCCCGGCAAAUUAGGUAAUUCUGCAACCUUUUGGGAGCUUGCACGCACAUUACAGAUUUCAAUGAAAAACAGAUUGCCCAAAAAUGAUACAGCUUAUUUGACAUCCAUUCAUCCAUCCUUCCCUUCUCCAAUCCUUCUUUCCUUCCUUACUUCUUUCCUUCCUUUGUUUAGCUAGUCACAGAUAUUUCUUCAAAAGGUAGACCUGGCCAAGUAUGACAGCACCACGAAGUCUCAACAACAGACCAAAUAAUACCCAAACUUCACCCACACAUACUCACACUCACACACAGAAAAACACACACAUGCAUACCUCUCUCACCAGUGUCUAGGAUUCCAGUAAUUAAUGGGGUGGUAAAUGAGAUUGUUACUGAUGUGUGGUAGCGAGGUGAGCGAAGGUGUGGAGGUGAUGGAGGGAGACAGGAGGAAGACAGAAGAAAGCCGGGGAGGGGGCAAGCGCUGAGACGAUGUUGUGAUGCAAAUUAGAAACUUUCACUUGAUUUAAAUAUAGCCAAAGUUCAGAGAAUAGGCUUUUAUUCAUUUUUUAAGGGGUGGAGCCGAGACUCCUACAAUUUGCUUUGGUUCUGAAUGAUGUGGAAGAAACAUGUCGACAUUUGAUGUGAGAACCUCAAAAAAAAAAGUGAAUAAUCAGGUAAAAUUCUCUCUUUCAAAAGUUCAGAAAUGUGUCUGUGCUCUAUGAGGUGAAAAGCACAUAAUAAAAUAUUUGGUGGGGGGGGGGGGGGGGUAAGGGUAAGAUAAGAGUAUAACCUAGCUCUGACUUUUUACUAAAAGGUUAGGGUUGGACUUUUGUGUUCACACAUGUACCCAGACCCAUAGACAUGUAUAAGAAAGUCUAGAUGAAUCGAGGCGGAGUCACCAGUGUCCAUACAUGGCAGACAUCUUACUUCAGUGUACCAUUCUGGUACAUUGUAUGGUAGCUGAUGGAAGUUGAGUAAUUUGCAUGAUCAAAAAUACUCUUAACUCACUGAAAUCUUGACAGAUUUACAAACAGUUUUGUUUAUUACAGCCCUUAAUAAUCUGGCUAUGAGUCAGGAUGCUUGGACAUAUUGAAAUGGCAGAUUUUCUUUGAGAAAAAAAGACUUAAUCGUGCAGCACAGUUGUUUCACUGCUAUUUGCGCGUGCGAUGGCUAACUUUGAGUCGCUUUGCACGAGUUAUCAAGGCUGAGACCACAAUCAAGAUUUAAGUUUUUGUAUGACAGCAUUUUUUUUGGUCUAAGUGACAGUCUUUGUGGAUGUGCUGUGAGUGAGACCACCGACUACAAAGUUGACCUGGCAAUUUUCUGACUUUGUGUUUACAGGAAUAUGUCAAAUGACUGAAAAUGCCACUUUUGUGCAGCCUAUGGAUGCUCCAAUAAACGGUGCCCAGAAACGAAGAAAACAGGGAUCACCUUUCACACACACACACACACACACACACACACACACACACACACACACACACACACACACACACACAUAUAUAUAUAUAUAUAUAUAGUUACUGAGAGAAAAUAACAUUUCAAUACUGUAGGAGUUUUCCUGAUCGUUGGAUGGAUCCAAAAAGCGUGUGCCUCUAAUGAUUUCAUUCAGACUAUUCAGAAAAAACAUUUGAUUUGCUAUCUCGAAAAUACAAUGUUCUCCACCUUGAUAGCUUACUGUACAGUUUAUAUACCAAGUAAACCUCUGUAUGUGCAUUUUUGAGACACAUAAAAACAGAACGAAAGUUUUUAUUAAGAUAUGAGAUCAUUUUCUUCCACUUGAAGAAGUUCAUGAGUGGAUGGGAUGAAGGGGGGGCAUCCACGGCAGGGGUGCAUUCUACGUGCAUUCUCCGCAGCAACCGGACCAGAGCAUCUCUGACGUUGCAUAGCAACCGCGUCAGGUAAAAAAGGCUUAACGGAUGUUACUUUGAGCGACACACAAACAUUCACGGUUUUGGGACAUUUUUACGUUUGUUUGAUGGCCAACAUGAAGAAAUCUGUGGUGAGUAAAGCUGUUUAACGUCGUGGAUGUUAGGUUAAACGUGCUCACGUUUGGUUCAUGUUAGUGUUAAUAGCGAAUGUCUUUGGAUAGUUUGUAUUAGGGCCCGACCGUUAUAGAUUUCCUAGUUGUUUUUCACAGAAUCUACUAUUUGUCUACUCUUUGUUUACUUUUCUGUUUGUGUGUGUCUGAGUGUAUGUGCUUUUUGGUCAGACAAGCUUGGCAGGGUUUCAGACACAAAUGAGCGAUUGUAAAUUUCAAAAUAACAUCCAACUAACUUUUGUAGACUAAAUUGGACUUCUAGGACAUACUUGCUGCAUAUGUCUGAUUCACUUUAUUCCUCUGUUUAUCUGCUUACCCUUCAUUCUCUAUCUCUCCCUUUGUGUUUGACCAGGUGGAGGGGCCGCCAGUAGCAGGAGCUUUUCGGGAGCGCCCUUCCAAACCGACCACUUUCCGUAUGUUUUAUGAGCGUGGAGAUUUUCCGAUCAUGGUCGAUCACGGCACCAGGGAAAACCGCAUUAAAUGGAGGGUAGGUACAGUAAAACUUGGCUUAUGCGUAUGGUUUUACAUGCUAUUAAUAACAUGACAAGGUGUGCCAAAUCUGCCAUCAGAGAAUGCUAGGUUCAGGAGUUGGGAUUUGGGAAGGUACUGCCCCUUCCAUUGUAUAACCCUUAUGACAACACACUUAACAGAAGUAUGCAAAGAAAACAAUGCCACACAAAUUUCUGUCCACAGGUAGACAUCGGAACAUUAGACUACCAUCACUUCCUGCCUCUCUUUUUUGACGGCUUGUCAGAAACUGCACACCCAUAUGAAUUGUUGGCUCGCCAGGGAUGCCAUGACCUGCUAGAUCACGGUGGCUCCAAGAUCCUGCCAGUGAUUCCCCAGCUCAUCAGUCCAAUCAGGAGUGAGUGUGUGAGGGAGGGUGAGGGUCCUCUCAGGGGGCUACAGAUCACAAAGGACACACUGCUUCUUUUCCCUUGAGACAGAGUAUGUGUCGAUGUAUUUUACCUUCACUGUAACCCUUUGACAUUAAUCAGCUGUGGCUACCUCUGAAGACAUACAGUGUUAAUGAUGUUUAUAACAAUUUUUCCUCAAGAUUUUAUUAAUUUAAGCUCAAAGCUGCCACGCUCUGAAGUAAAAUAGACAGAGUGUGCAAAGAUGACGUUAGAUCACUGAAAAUAUGUCUGUAGAUAAAAGUUUUAUUCCUGCAAUUUUCAGGGGUCGAAACACAGCAACGUGUCAUUGAAUGAAAUGCCACGGAAAUCUUAUUAAUUAGCAUUAGUUUUGCAAAUCUUUAAAUAAAAGAUCAUUUUUUUGUGUAAGUGAUUGACAACCAAGUAAUCUUCUCAGUUAGAGGAGGCACAGCCCAGAUAAAUAUAUUUGCAUAUCAGUAUUUCAUUAUUUGAUAUUUUGAUGACAGCAUCAUUAUGUAUUGAUUACUGUUUAAUGAUUCAGACAUAUCUAAAGCUUACUUUUUCAAAGAUUGACAGCAGUUUAUAGUUUUAUCAGCUGGAGCCUGAAAUAAAGCACAAACUUACACCCAAACCCAAGUUAGAUAACUCAACACAAAACAUUCCCUCGUCUUGCACCUCAGAUGCCCUGAAUACACGCAACCGCCAGGUGAUAUGCACCACCCUGAAGGUCCUGCAGCACCUGGUGCGCUCAGGAGACAAGGUGGGAGAGGCUCUGACCAGAUAUUACCGGCAGAUCCUCCCCAUCUUUAAUACCUUCAGGAGCAUGAGGGGUAAGGUGUUUUUAGAUUUUGCCUCAAGUGUACAUCCACCCUGCAAACACCCACUCACGCAAUCACCAUUCUUACCCUGA